AUGAAGUCAGGAGCAGUGUUCAUUCCAACAGCUUGGGAUUGCACAUUGAAAAUUUAUGACAGAGCUAGAACACUAGCACAGCAGUUCAAAAAAGAGGUAGAUUUUCCUGUAAAUCUACAUUUUACUGAUGUCAGUAGAUAUACAGUGGACUGUGGUUUAUUUAUGCAACCUGAAUAUGUUGUUGCGGAAGAUUACUUACAAGGAAAGUUUUUAAAAUGGUGCAGCAACUAUGGGUACAUAUCUCCUGAGGCUAAAUCUGACGAUGCCAUUAUGCCAGCAUUUGUUCACUGGAGCUGGGUACACACUAAAGGGCAGGAAAUGGUGUGCGAUCUUCAAGGAACUCGUGAUGAAAAUGGCUAUUAUUUGACCGACCCUGUAAUCCUCUCACUCAACAAUAAAUAUGGUGAGACAGACGUGGGAAUAGAGGGAAUGGCCAUGUUUUUCAUGAAUCAUAAAUGCAAUGAUAUUUGUAAAAGAUGGAGGAGGCCUCGUUCGGAGUCCUUCAAAGGAAAGAUUUCAAGAGAAACAUUAGCAGCUUGUAAGCAUAUGCAGGAUGAUGUCAAUAACGGCACUUCAUUCACAUCGGAUAUGAAGUUCACUCAAACAAUUAAAGAUAUUGUUAAAAAAGUGUUCCUUCGAAUUGCUGAAGCUCAGGAACUAAGUUAA